UAACUAAGAAACGGCGGAGAUCGCGUCGGACGCAUCGCUUCUUUUUUUUUUUUGUUAAUGUUAAUGUUAAGGCCAGAAGAAAAAGUGGCACUACUCAUCAGACACCAUGCACGACUACGAUCGCAAAUACCUGCGCAGCAAGUGGGGACUCAGCAAGCUGGCCUGCUUGUUCUGCUACAUUGUGGGCUCCCUCUGCGUUCUGUGCAGCUCGGUGCAUCUUAGCAAUUUUCGUGGCAGCUCCUAUCUGGUAAUAUCGGUGGCCGCAUUUAUGGCCACCUUGACGCUGCUCCUAUUCCAGUACCUGCGCCUCUGGCAGAGCAAGUUCCCCCAUGCGAACAUUGCUCGACUCUCGCUCUACGUGCACGCUACCCUAACGGUUGCCUACUUUAUUGUCUCCGGACUGGUGUUAUCAUUGGAUAUUGCCAGCUAUACAACCGCGGCGUUUUUCGGUCUCACUGCUUUCACUAUCAACGGCCUGGAGACGUACGACUGCUAUAGACGCAGUCGGCUACGCGAUAUGGCCACACAAACGAUCUAGAAAUCUGGCAGUUCAUGGAGACUGUAAAAAGCCUGGAUGAACGUUGGAUUCGUUCAAAAUACUCUCAAGUCUGCAAUCAAGUCUGCCCGCUCAGACGUACAUACUCGUACAUACAAUACACAACAUAAUCGAGCAAACCAAAUAUCGUUAGAAUGUGUAAGCACAAAAGAUUGAGUGAUUCAUUCAUUCAACAGAGAUGUUGAUAUAAUCCGGAUGCAUGAUGGUACUAGUUCGUUCAUCUCGCACUUAUCUACCAAUUUUGUGUGUUUGGUGCUAUCUGUUCGACGAGUAAUAGAAAACUAUGUCAAUAAUUCAAACAUACGAUGUUAGGACUUACAAAUAGGAAGUCAUGUAGUAUUAUAUCGCUGAUAAAGGGCUGACGAAACAGAGCUAACUAAGCAGCUGACUUUCAUACAAUCAAAAAAUUUGUCAAAUUUUACAGUCAUUUAAUGAGAACGGUCCCAAAAAACAGUUUUGGUUUUUAAAUGGAAACCUUUUUGCUUCGCAUUGGAGUACGCAAUAAAUUUAUGCUCAAACUAUUUGCCAGUCAGACAAUAGCUUUGGACUUCCUGGUCUAGCUAAGAACUUAUCUGCCUUGUCCAUUUCUCAAAUGCUGUUAGGUAACAACUAUAGCUUUAAAUUUAAUAAAAGUUAUGCACCUUAAUAGCGAUAUAUAUGCAUAUGAAAAAGCCAACCGAAGUGAUUUAUAAUUGGCACGAUUCAAUUCAACUUCGAUCAUAAAAUUGUAUGUUUGUCAAGUUGCAGAGCUGAAGAGUUUUUCUAGAUUUUAAAACAAAUCUUUUUUUUUUUAAUUUGCUUAAUUAGAACCAAAGAUAUAAUAACUAGACAGAAGAAUCGCUAACCAGUUAGAAUGUAAGCAACAACAUAUUAUAUAAAAUAUUUACGCUAAGUAUUUGUAUGUUUUUGAUAAAAGAUCUACUAUAGUAAGAAAUUUUGUAAAAUAAAAAAAUCAAAUAACA